AUGACUCAAUUGAAAGAAGCUGUAUUUUCUAAAAUUGUAACUCAUGAAGAUAACCAGGACAAGAGAGAGGAUGAUGCUCUGGCCAAGUGGGUGGCAGAUCCUGCAAAUACAGCAUGGAUGGAAAACCCAGAUGAAGUAAUUUACGAUGACGUGCCAAGAGAAAAUUCAGACUCUGAACCAGAGGAAAUGAUUUAUGAUGAUGUUGAAAAUGGUGAUGAUGGUGGAAACAGCUCACUGGAGUAUGGAUGGAGUUCAAGUGAGUUUGAAAGCUAUGAAGAACAAAGUGAUUCUGAGUGUAAAAAUGGAAUUCCCAGCUCCUUUUUGCGAGGCAACCACAAGAGGCAUCUUUCUCAUGACCUUACGCGUUUAAAGGAGCAUUAUGAAAAAAAGAUGAAAGAUUUGAUGGCAAACACUGUGGGAGCAGUAGAGAUUCAGCAACUAAAGCAAAAACAUGAGCUGAAGAUGCAAAAGCUCAUGAGAGCUGCUAGAGAAGGUACCAAAGAUGGACUGGAAAAGACAAAAGCAGCUGUGAAGAAGGGUCGUUCUUUCAUUAGAACUAAGUCUUUUAUUUCUCAAGAUCAUAGAUCAUCAUGCCUGGAAGAAGAGGAGCUAAAUUUAUUUAUUGAUGUGGACUGUGUGCAUACAGAAGCAAUCAUGACCCCUAUGCCUGAAGGAUUAUCACAACAGCAGGUUGUGAGAAGAUAUAUUUUGGGCUCUGUAGUUGACAGUGAAAAGAAUUAUGUAGAUGCUCUGAAAAGAAUUUUGGAGCAAUAUGAGAAGCCCCUUUCAGAAAUGGAACCAAAAUUACUGAGUGAAAGAAAACUCAAAAUGGUCUUCUAUAGAAUUAAAGAGAUUCUUCAAUGCCAUUCAAUGUUUCAAAUAGCAUUGGCGAGUCGUGUGUCUGAGUGGGAUUCUGUUGAAAUGAUUGGCGAUGUCUUUGUUGCUUCAUUUUCGAAGUCGAUGGUGUUGGAUGCAUACAGUGAAUAUGUAAACAACUUCAGUACAGCAGUGGGGAUUCUGAAGAAAACAUGUGCCACCAAACCUGCCUUUCUAGAUUUCUUAAAGGUGAGUUACUAUUUCACUACUGUAUUUUCAGGAUGAUAACAUAAUUUUAGA